UAUAUAGAAAUACGAAAUAUGGGUAAAUAGUGUCGCAUCAUCGCAUUUUGUUACUAAGCAACGCAUCUCCUUACCAGUCCUUCCAACUAGUCUUUUUCAUAUCUAUUGUUCCAUAUCUCAAGACCUCACUUGCAGAUUGCCAUAGAGAAUUCUAAGCGGCAAGCUUAGUCGUGACAUCUAUAAUUAUACAACUGUUUAAUGUCUAUAUAAAGGUUCGUUCUCAAAGGAAUGCUUUCGUGUCCAAUCAGCUGAUAUAUAAACAAAAUUAAAUUUGUUCUUUUUUAUUUAACUCUAAUCAUACAACAGGAAGUAAAUUGAUUUCCGUAGUAUUUUUUUGUCUAAUUCAUUAUUUGUAUGUGCUUAAGUGGUUCAAAGUCCUUCAAUAGCGUGAUGAUGCACAUAGAAAUGAAAAAGGAAAACAUGGCGAAACAACGUGUGAAAUGAUUACAAUAUAAAUUUAAAACGAAUAAUUAUUGAUCGGAAUGACAACUAACGAAGAAUCCGUAGAUGACAGUCUCUUAGAGAGAUUCAUCAAAAGUGACGAAAAUAAGGUUGUGAAUUGUCGAAGUAGUAUAGACAAUAUUGAAGGGCACAAAUUACGACAUGGAACGGACAGUUUUCCAAAUAUUAAUGAAAGACCGGUUGAUGAUAUUUCCAUCGAAUUUUUUUAUAAACCGCAUAGCAUUACACUUCUUCUCAUUUCAAUCGGUGCUGUAAUAUAUUCCGCAUUCACUAGGAAUACUACAAAUGUUGAAGACAAUAUUUGGGCUGGAAUAUUAUGUAUCAUAUUUUUCUUUCUGAUUAUAUCUAUACUUACAUUUCCAAAUGGACCAUUUACGAGACCUCAUCCUGUUGUAUGGAAACUUGUAUUUGGUUGUAGUGUAUUAUAUCUAAUGGGUCUAUUAUUUAUGCUAUUUCAAGAUUAUGAAACAGUUAGAAAAAUCUUUGUUUGGAUAGAUCCUAGUUUGGCAUCGUUUCAUAUUGAUAUGGAUAAAGAAUAUGGUGUUAAUUGUUCAGAAAUUACAAUUGAGAAAAUAUGGAACCAUUUAGAUGUUUUUGCAUUAGCUCACUUCUUAGGAUGGACUUUUAAAGCAAUUCUUAUUCGUCAUCUUGGUAUUCUGUGGGCUAUUAGUAUUAUGUGGGAAGUAACAGAAAUAGCAUUUGCUCAUUUAUUACCAAAUUUUGUGGAAUGUUGGUGGGAUGCUUUUAUACUUGAUGUUAUUGUCUGUAAUGGUUUGGGUAUUUGGGUUGGAUUAAAAAUUUGCUCUCUCUUAGAAAUGAGAGAAUAUAAAUGGGUAAGCAUUCUUGACAUUGAGAGCACUACUGGAAAAUUAAAGAGAGCAAUGCUACAAUUUACUCCUGGUAGUUGGACUGCUGUUAGAUGGUUGGAUCCAACAUGUACAUAUAUGAGAUUCGUUGCUCUGUGUCAGUUGGUUAUAUUCUGGCAAGUUUCAGAGCUUAAUACAUUUUUUUUGAAACAUGUGUAUGAAUUUCCACCUCAUCCAUUUGUUGUGGCAAGAUUGGUAUUAAUUGGAGUAAUAGUUGCACCUUCUGUUAGGCAAUACUACAUGUAUGUAACAGAUCCAACGUGUAGUAGAGUAGGGACUCAAUGUUGGGUUUAUGGUGCAAUUAUGGUUACAGAAGCAUUACUAUGUAUAAGGCAUGGUGCUGCAUUAUUUGAACGUACUCAAGCAUUAAAUAUUCUUCUAUGGCUACUUUGCCAGUCUCUAGUCUCAGUUCUUUGUGUUUAUGGCUGUGUUUUAUGGCAUCGGUACUUUGAGACAGAAAAGAAAGCUACUUCAAAACAAUGUAUUACUCAACUAGACAACAGUCAUCUGGAUGUAACCCUUAGCAGUGGAGACAUGGUUCAUUCUACAAAAUCUAUGGAUUUAUUGGAAAAGAAACAAUUAUAAACAAUUAUGAGCAAGGAAUAUUCAACUAAAGGGUGAAUUAUUUAUAUUGUUAAAUUUUCUAGUCACAUUAUAACAUCGUACAAUAGAAGUUUUGGAUGUAAUGGAUUUAAUGAAUACAUGAGUUUGUCUGGUUUUUGAAUACUACGCUCGUUUGCGCGUGAAUGUUAUGAAAAAAAAUGUUCCUGAGAAUAAAUGAAAAGCGUUGUUACCACUUAACUCACGUUUUUUUAUAAAAUUUUUAUAAAAUAUUCGUUAUAUUAUUUACGCAUUUUAAUUGCGUAAUUAUAUUAUUCUGCUGUGUCGCAUAAAUAUGGAAAUACUUUGCAUUCAAUAUAUGGAAUAUUUGGCAUUAUUCGUGAACCUUGCGGACAAUUCCAAGCUUUGCCGAGAAACAUAUUAUUUGAUGCGGAGACAAAAAUACGAAUCCGAUUUGGUAACUGUUCAUUCUCAUAUAAUGAUAUAUACGAUGACGUAAGUGGUGACUUCGUACAGUACAUCUAUAAAAA